AUGUUCAGGAGAAAGUUCCCCCAAGUCCUCUGCAUUGGUCUGGCUCUGGUCAUUGUCAUCAAUCUCCUUCUGGUAUUUUAUACCAAGGGGACUUUACAAAACUUGGUUCUGGGUGGUCUCCAGAGGGAGCUUCAUUUGCCUCUGUCUGAGUGGGACAGGGCUGUGAUAAAGAGACUCUCUCAGCUGGAGGUGAAUUUGCAGCAUCUGGAAGAAAGUAUGAAAUUGGCUAUGAAACAACAAGAAAAUGUGAACAACACACUACAGAAAGUGAAAGAUGAAGUACAUCCUGUCCAAAAGGUGGCGAAAGCCAAGACAAGUGACACGGAGAAGCACAAAUCCCCAAAGAAACUCUUCCCAAACUCGCAGCUUUUCAAGCAGUGGGGUGAGGAUCUUUCUGAGGCCCAGCAGAAAGUGGCCCAGGAUCUCUUCCAGAAGUUUGGUUACAACGCGUACCUCAGUAACCAGCUGCCACUCAAUCGCACCAUCCCUGACACGCGACAUUCCAGGUGUCUCCAGAAGACAUAUUCUCCACAACUCCCAUCCCUCAGUGUCGUUCUCAUAUUCAUGAACGAAGCUCUGUCCAUUAUUGAGCGGGCUGUCACCAGUGUCAUCCACCGCACCCCCUCUCAGUUGCUGAAGGAGAUCAUCUUGGUGGAUGACUUUAGCUCAAAUGGAGAACUAAAGGUACACUUGGAUGGGAAGAUUAAGCUUUACAACCAGAAGUAUCCAGGACUACUGACAAUAGUACGGCACUCUGAGAGGAAAGGUCUUGCUCAGGCACGCAACACCGGCUGGGAAGCUGCCAGGGCAGAUGUGGUCGCCAUCUUGGAUGCUCACAUUGAAGUGAACGUUGGGUGGGCAGAGCCCAUCUUGGCUCGGAUUCAGGAAGAUCGCACCGUGAUUGUGUCGCCUGUGUUUGACAAAAUUAGUUUUGACACCUUCAAACUAAAUAAGUAUGAACUGGCAGUUGAUGGAUUUAACUGGGAACUAUGGUGUCGCUACGAUUCAUUGCCAAAAGCCUGGGUUGAUCUGCGUGAUGUCACUGCUCCAGUGAAGAGUCCUUCCAUCAUGGGCAUCCUGGCUGCCAACAGGAUCUUCUUGGGAGAGAUCGGGUCUCUGGAUGGUGGGAUGUUGACCUAUGGAGGAGAGAAUGUAGAACUUAGCCUGAGAGUGUGGCAGUGUGGAGGGAAGAUUGAGGUCUUACCCUGCUCCCGGGUUGCUCACCUAGAGAGAUACCACAAGCCGUAUGCCUUGGAUCUGAGCCCUUUCAUGAAGCGCAAUGCACUGCGAGUGGCUGAAAUCUGGAUGGAUGAGCACAAACACAUGGUCUACUUGGCCUGGAACAUACCUCUCCAGAACUCUGGAAUCGACUAUGGAGACAUUUCUUCCAGAGUGGCGCUCCGGGAGAAACUGAAGUGUAAAACUUUUGACUGGUACCUGAAAAAUGUGUAUCCAAUUCUGAAGCCAAUCCACAGCAUCGUGGGCUAUGGAAGAAUGAAAAACACACUGGAUAAAAAUGUCUGCCUGGAUCGAGGACCUGUUCCAGGCAGCACCCCCAUCAUGCAUCCCUGCCACAAAUUCAAUCCUCAGAAUGUCUACUACCAUCUAACUGGGGAGUUCUAUAUAGGACAACUGAUUGCAGAGGCAAAUACUGAUGAUCACUGCCUGACGGACCCUGGCUCUGGGGAGAAGCCCACUUUAGAGCCAUGUUCCAUGGCAGCUAAAAACGGACUGCACAUAUAUUGGGAUUUUAAACAGGGAGGAGCUGUCGUAAACAGGAGCACCAGACGGUGUCUGGAGAUCAAGAACACCUCAGGUGCUUUCGUGCUUGUGCUCCAGACCUGCACCACACAGGUGUGGGAAAUACAGUACACCGUCGGAAACUGGGGGUCGUACUAA